AUGGACGAAAAAUUCGCUACAGUGGGUAGAACACACCCCGAAGUUAAAAAUCCAGCUACGGAAGUUCCGGUUCCCAACGAAUUACGUCCAAUAACAUCGGAACCUUUCGAUUACUUACCCCAAAAACGCGAUUCUCGACCGCCCCCGCUGGAAUUGCACAUGGGCCCGGUAGGACCGUGGGCGACUGGGAGAGUCAAUUGGGGCCCUCUAUCGGGACUAACAGGUAUCAGACCAGUGGUAGAUAAAUAUUCUAUACACAGAUACAGCGAAUCGGAAUGGAAGUACCACAAUAAAGAAUUAUUAGAGAUGGUAAAUAAAGAACAAAAACGAGCAAAUCUAAUAGAUUGGAACGGCAGACAAUGCCUGGAACAUUCCCUCACGUUAAUCGAUAAAAAUCAACAAGAAAACACCAAAAAAUUGUAUCACAAAGAAUUAGAACUCCACAAACGUAAAACCGAACUAGAAAAGGCCAUAUCGGAUAUAACCGAAGAAAUCUACUACUUAGAAGAAGAAAAAAGAAGAAUACAACAAGCUAGUAAAGUGCUGAUUAUACCAGAAUCGAUAGCAAACGAAUGCAUAGAAAGAAGAAACGAUCGUAUGGAUGUAGAAUUGAUAAGAGACGAAGUAGAAGAAGAAUUGACCAAAGAAUAUUCUCUAUGUUCGCAAAUUCGAGAAUCGUUUUCAUCGAUAUUGAAAAACGUUCAACGACAACUCAUCGACAACAGAAACGCCAAACAACAACUCGAAUUCGAUUGGUCCGAUAAAAAAAUAUCGCACGAAAUAGAUACGGUAAAUAUGUCAUUAAAUAACAGGUCGAACACGCCGUUAUUUAAACCGGGUUCCGUUUAUUAUCCUCGCAAUCAAACCACUCCGGAAUAUUGGGAACAAUUCACCGAAGAAACCGUCUCAAAAUCGGAAUCGAUUCGAAAAAAAUCCAUAGAAUUAAGAUCGAUCGUGGAUUAUAUACUAACGAACGCGUCUAGGGAUCUAAGAACGCAAGCCGAUAAAGUAGAAAACGCUUUAACCGACAGAAUAGAAACCACUCGAAACGUGAUAAGGAGAUUGGAGAACGAAUUGAAAGUUACACUGAGACAAAUUGUCGAUGCGGAAAUAUUGAAAGAAAAAUUAAAAUCCGGUUUACGGAGAUUGGAUACACCGAUAAAAUUAGUUCAGACUCGGUUGGAUAAUAGAUUGUCAAGACCGCGAGUGGAUAAUUGCAGGGACGAAGUACAUCGAGGUUUGAUGGACGAAGCUAAAUAUACGGGGGAAUCAGAAGCGGCUUUAAGAGCGGAAUUGAAGCAGGCGGAACAUUCGGAAUUGAGGUUGAUACAAAUUAGGGGUAGUUUGGAGAGGGAGAUAAUCGUUAAGAAGAAAUCACUCGAUAUUGACGUUGAAAGAAUUAGAAAUCUACGUUUGUAUAUACCUUCCGCGACCGCUUUAUCGGGGCGUUAA